AUGCAACAAUCCGAAGACUUAAAAAAAAGUUUUGCGCAAUUCGAUAAUAAUAAUAAUAGAUUUCCAACGGGACAAGAACAAUAUCGAGCACCGACAGGGAGUUGUCCGGAAAAAAAUGGCCGAUACCCGCAUCCGAGUCAAUGCGAUGCUUAUUUCGAAUGCGUUGACGGGGUAGCAGAAGAAAAACUUUGUCCCGAUGGACUCCUUUUCAAUCCACAAAAUAGUUAUUUAGCUUAUCCCUGUCAAUAUCCGGUCGAAGUUAAUUGCGAAGGAAGAUCUAAUUUACAACCUCCGCUAAGCACGCCGGAAUGUCCGAGAAGUUAUGGAUAUUAUAGAUUGGGAGAUUCUAAAAAUUGUGGUAAUUUUAUCAAUUGCGUUGCCGGAAGAGGUUACAGGUUUGAAUGUCCCUUGGGUUUGGCAUUCAAUGAAUUGACCCUUCAUUGUGAUUGGCCCGAUCAGGUUGCUUCAUGCGAUGCAGAAGGUUAUCUCGGAUUUUCUUGUCCAGCAAAUUAUGGAGACGAUUAUAAAUCUUAUAGUAAUCAAUAUGAUUGCACUAAAUAUUUUGUUUGCCUUAACGGUAGGCCCAGGCUUCAGGCUUGUCCGGAAGGUACCGGUUUUAGCGAAGAAGUGUCGGAUUGUGUUGACCUUGAACAAUUACCAUCAUGGUGA